CUCUUAGGACACCUCCACCCAGGCACAAAGAGGGCCUGCUGCUGGACCUCGCGCAGACGCAUUCGUCUCGCUAUUGGCCCUCGCGCAGACGCAUUAGUCUUGCUGCUGGGCCUCGCGCCGCUACACUUAUUUCCUUCGGGGUCCUAGUUGAGGGGCGCGAGGAACGGGAGAAAUCGAGGGCGUUUAGUCGUUUCUGCGGCCCGACGCGAAGGCGACAUGGAUGACGAGGAGGAGACCUAUCGGCUAUGGAAGAUCCGCAAGACUAUCAUGCAGUUAUGUCAUGAUCGGGGCUACUUGGUGACCCAGGAUGAAUUAGAUCAGACUUUGGAAGAGUUCAAAGCCCAGUUCGGAGAUAAGCCCAGUGAAGGACGGCCUCGCCGCACUGAUCUUACGGUAUUGGUGGCCCACAAUGAUGACCCCACGGACCAGAUGUUUGUCUUCUUCCCAGAGGAGCCCAAGGUUGGUAUAAAGACCAUCAAGAUGUACUGCCAGCGGAUGCAGGAGGAGAACAUCACCAGGGCCCUCAUUGUGGUGCAGCAGGGCAUGACGCCCUCUGCUAAGCAGUCCCUGGUUGACAUGGCUCCCAAGUAUAUUCUAGAACAAUUUCUACAGCAGGAGCUGCUCAUCAAUAUCACUGAACAUGAGCUGGUUCCAGAGCAUGUUGUCAUGACAAAAGAGGAAGUCACUGAGCUGUUGGCUCGAUAUAAGCUUCGAGAAAACCAGCUGCCCAGAAUCCAGGCCGGAGAUCCCGUAGCGCGUUAUUUUGGAAUAAAGCGAGGGCAGGUGGUGAAGAUCAUAAGACCCAGUGAGACAGCAGGCAGAUAUAUCACGUACCGGCUAGUGCAAUAAGUUGCUGCUGACUCCAUAAGAACAUCCCUGGAGAUAUGCUAGCCUCUGACUCCUGUCUCAGCAUGCAAGGCAGAUUCACCUGGGAAGAGGACUGACUUCUACACCACUUACUUGCCUGCUCUCUAACCCAGUGAGGAGAGCAUGGGUUUUCCCUCUCACUUACUCAACAGGACUGAAAUUGGAGACGAAGAAACGGCAUAGGAUCUUCUUUGGAUGGGAGCGGUGGGGAGCCUAGUGGUUCACAAAAUAAAAUGUAUAUCAUGGAUCUUGUGGCUUGGUCUCUAACCCACCAUUUGCCAGAGCUUCCCAGUAAUCUAAUAGACAGGUCUGAUCACUCUUUUCCUAUCUACAAUCCGUGGUGGUUCUCUAUUGUCUCCAAGAUGAAUAACAACUGACCUUUGACCUUUCACAUCAUUUCCCUUCAUGCACUGACCCUGUGAUGUUCCACUUGACCUAGAUAAGCAGUUGUGCCAUCUUAUUCUGCACCAUAACACCUUUUCUAGGCUUCACCUCAUACCUGGAACCCCUUCCUUGAUUUCUGCUCAUUGAAAUUAUUCUCAAUUCUUAGCCUGAGAGUGUCAAAAGGAUAAUGUGACAUGGUGGAAACAGGUGCUGGACUUGGAAUACAGAAGAGCAGAGUUUGAGCCUUUCAUUCUUUGCUAAUGGCAGUGCCUACCACAGGGUUUUGUAAGAAUGAAAUGGGUAUCAAGUGCUUUGCAAACCUAAAAGCACUAUGUGAACAUCAGCUAUUUAUUUCUCCUGUAAAAAUUCUCUCACCCUCAUUGUCUAGUAUUUUAGAUUGAUUUUACCUUCCUUAAACUUGUUAACCUUUUGCUUGUUUGUGCAUGUCAUAUCUCCCACGUUAGACUGUAAAUACCUGGAGGGUGGGAAGCUUCAUUCAUCUGUAUUCCUAAGUGCCUAGUACAAGUGCAUUGUCUAUGACAGGUACUUAAUAAACAGUUUAAUUGAAA